UUCAAUUUCAACGCAUGUUUCGGACAGGUCAUUUCUGGGGGGGUUGCAUCGGAAACCAGCCUGAAUAUUAGUCUAGCUAAGUCAACUCGCAGGAGGCUUAGCUAGUUAGUGUCCCUGUUGGUCUAAUGCGGUGAAUGGACUGUGGCUUGCACUUAUCCCCCGUCUUUCUUUCGAUCUUCAUCACUAACUCCACUCUCUCUCUCUCUCUCUCUCUCACUUACACUCACUUAACUCUGUAUUUUUGCCUCCGCAAACCUCUCCGUUCUGCUCAUUACUUUCUCCUCCUUCCAGACAGGUUAUUUCUUAAUCUUGGUUUACUACCGAAAACUCAAAUAGACGAAUUGUUUUCGGGAUUGUUCCAGGGUUGGUUUGAUCGUUGCACAAGGACACUGUUCCAGCUGCCAAAAUGUCAUUGUCCCCAAAGGCAUCCGACAACGGGGAGGGCUCUUCGUCUCUACGGCCUCGAUCGUCAUCGCCAAUUUCCACCUCUGCAAUGCGGUCCAGGUCCCCUGCAACCGACGCCUCGGUGAGGCAUGCUUCGAUCGCCCGCCUGGCGUCUCCGAUCCCCUCUCCCUCCAAUCAUUCUUACUCCUCCCGACAGGUGCCCGUACCCGUGCAGUCGGCGAGCAGCACCAUCGAGGAUUAUCGCAAAGUCGAUCACCCCGCCUCCAUACCAGGUCCGGGCCAUUCGAUGAUUUCCUCAGCUCUUCAGGAUUACAUGGGUAAAUCGCCGCCAGCAAGAGUAGGAACACCUCCCAGACAAGCAGCGUCUCCGGCUCUGCUCAACCAACCCACUCGCUCGAACUAUGGAUCUUUUGAUGGGCGCGAGGGCUCAGUAUAUUCCGCGGGCCCUUACGAAGAUCCGGAAGUCGUCAAGCGACAUCUUGUACAACCUCAGAAUGGGGAAGGUCGUGAUUACUAUCUCUCGGGCGACGCGGCCAGCAACGCGGAUGACGAGUUUUCCAGCCUGCAGCUUCAGGGAGGUGACAUAACCCGCCAGGUUUACAGAUGGGCGGAGGACGCGGAAGUUGGAGGCUCUUUGCGCAAACCUCAGCGGAGCCGGAGCUUCAGCCAUAAUCGGCCUCUACCUCAAGACGAGACAAUGAAUAUAAACAGUAUUCGCGUGCCGGGAGGGUUUCGCAGAGACUACCUGCGAAGAGCGGUCGGCCCUGGUGACUCUGAGGAUUCUGGCGUGCAGGCGCCCGUCAGCCAACCUCAGUUUCCGACGAGCAGCUUUCUUGAAUUCUUGACCCUAUACGGUCACUUUGCGGGUGAAGAGCUAGAAGAAGAUGAUGAGGUCCUGGGUCCUGACGAGUACUUUUCGUCCGAUACCUAUGACGAGGUAGAAGGCAGAGAACCCGGGGAAGACUCGGCUCUGCUUCGUCCGGAUACAGCUGGUAGAAGGAAGCGCAAGGCGCGCGGAGGCACUGGAAACAACACCGUGACGGGAGCGGCUCUUCUCCUACUUAAGUCCUUUGUCGGAACGGGUGUCCUGUUCCUCCCAAGAGCUUUUCUGAAUGGAGGAAUGCUGUUCAGUAGUAUGGUUCUACUUGCAGUGUCACUUCUCAGUUUUUACUGUUUCAUCCUGCUGGUCAACACGCGGUUGAAGGUCGACGGCUCUUUUGGUGAUAUCGGUGGCCAUCUCUAUGGCAAACAUAUGCGGCGCAUUAUCCUUGGCUCUAUUGUCCUCAGUCAAUUGGGCUUCGUGUCGGCGUAUAUUGUGUUUACCGCGGAGAAUCUCCAAGCCUUCGUCCUCGCUGUGAGCAACUGCAAGUCCUUCAUCGACAUCAAAUUCAUGGUAUUGCUUCAGCUGGUUAUCUUCCUACCUCUUUCGUUGAUCCGCGACAUCAGUAAACUGGGUUUCACCGCACUGAUAGCCGAUCUUUUCAUUCUGCUUGGCCUGAUCUAUCUCUUCUAUUAUGAUUUCCUGACCAUCUCGAACCAGGGUGGUAUCUCCGAUAUCAUCUCCUUCAACCCGUCGACAUGGACUUUGUUUAUCGGAACAGCUAUCUUCACUUAUGAGGGAAUUGGCUUGAUUAUCCCCAUCCAGGAAUCUAUGAAGGAACCUCAUCGCUUCCCUGGUGUCUUGGCUGGCGUGAUGGUUAUUAUCACGGUUGUGUUCCUUGCAGCUGGCGCAGUCAGCUAUGCGGCCUAUGGAUCCGCAACCAAGACCGUUGUCAUCCUCAACCUACCGCAGGAUGACAAGUUUGUGAACGCAGUGCAAUUCCUCUACUCCUUGGCCAUUCUCCUCAGCACUCCUCUUCAACUCUUCCCUGCCAUUCGUAUCAUGGAAAACGAGUUGUUCACACGCAGCGGAAAGUACAAUCCCUGGAUCAAGUGGAAGAAGAACUGUUUCCGCUUUUUCCUUGUCAUGAUCUGCGCUUUCGUCGCCUGGGGCGGCGCCGAAGAUCUUGACAAGUUUGUUUCGCUUGUUGGCAGUUUUGCUUGUGUUCCUUUGAUCUAUGUAUAUCCGCCUCUGUUGCACCUCAAAGCCUGCGCCCAGUCUCGCAGACAGCAAAUCGCCGAUAUCGCGUUGGCCGUUUUCGGCGUUCUCAGCUGCCUGUACACGACUUCGUUGACGCUCAGUAACUGGAUCAAUGGCGGUGACGUCAAGCCUCCAGGAUACUGCGACUCCUAGACUAUAUAGUCGUUGCACAACAUAACGUUUGAUCCACUUCAGUCUCUCUCUACUGGACAGUCCAGUACGUGUAUGAUGGACACUGUGAUGCCGCUUCAAUGUCUGCUUUUCCAUACAGGAUAUAUACCUCUGCCUGUUCUAUUAUUUGCUUUCCUGCUUGCUUGUCAUUUGCGCUUGGUUACAGGAUCAUUGCUUAAAGCUCCAGCCAGCUCUUCCCUUGUUGCUUGAUCCAUUGCAUGGGCUUCUGGCUAUGUUUGGUAUAGACUCUAGACGAGAUUGUCAAUUUAC